GAGAAGCUCUUGAACAGAAGAAGAAGAAGAAGAAGAUCGUGGAUCUGCAUGUGGAAACAAAGGUGUCCGAUGCUUUGACGAAGUCGUUCUAUAAGAGAGGCUCACCGGCGUGCUCUGCCGAUGGAGCUCAUGUGAAAGCUCGAAGGCGUUCGGUGAGUAGACCACGUCCUCUGCCAUUUUCCCAGUAGCAGCAGAGGUUGCAGAGGCGGAGAAUUCAGCAAUGGAAGAGCACGCUUUCUUCGACCUCGCCGUCUCGUUCGACGAAGCCUCAGCCGUUCUCUUCGGCAUCGCCUGGGACGCCCUGCCGAACCGGAUCGGGUUGCUGUGGAUGUGGGUGAGAGGGCGUGUGGUGGUGCCACUGGUGAGAAUCGCAGUAGUACUGUGCUUGGUCAUGUCGAUCAUUCUGCUGAUCGAGAAGGUGUCGAUGGCCCUCGUGAGCCUCUACGUGAAGGUCUUCCGCCGGAAGCCGGAGAAGAUAUACAAAUGGGAGCCGAUUCAGGCCGACGAGGAGCUGGGAAGCUCAGUGCAUCCCAUGGUGCUCGUCCAAGUCCCCAUGUUCAAUGAGAGAGAGGUCUACAAGCUAUCCGUGGGAGCUGUCUGCAGCCUAUCAUGGCCACCUGACCGUCUCAUCAUCCAAGUGCUCGAUGAUUCUACCGAUCUAGCCAUUCGGGAAAUGGUGCGGAGUGAGUGCGAGAAAUGGAUCAGAAAGGGGAUCACUGUGCAUUACAUCUCGAGAGACAACAGGAACGGGUACAAAGCAGGGGCGAUGAAGGAGGCGAUGGAGAUCGACUACGUGCGGCAAUGCGACUAUGUCGCCAUCUUCGACGCCGAUUUCCAGCCUGCUUCCGACUUCCUCGUGAGAACAGUCCCAUUCCUGAUGCACAACCCUGAGAUCGCUCUCGUCCAAGCUCGCUGGAAGUUCGUGAACGCUGAUGAAUGCUUGAUGACGAAGAUACAAGAGAUGUCACUGAACUAUCAUUUCAAGGUCGAACAACAAGCUGGUUCGUCAACAAUCGAGUUCUUCGGUUUUAAUGGAACCGCCGGAGUAUGGCGAAUCUCUGCAAUGGUGGAGGUUGAAGGGUGGAAGGAAAGAACAACCGUGGAAGACAUGGAUUUAGCAGUUCGAGCAAGUCUUGCAGGAUGGAAGUUCUUAUACGUCGGCAACGUCAAGGUCAAGAAUGAGCUACCGAGCACCUUCAAAGCAUAUCGUUUUCAGCAGCACCGGUGGUCUUGUGGACCUGCAAAUCUGUUCAAGAAGAUGGCCGUGGAGAUCAUCACUGCCAAGAAAGUGUCCAUGGUGAAGAAGUUCUUCAUGCUCUACAACUUCUUCUUUGCUCGGAGAGUGAUAGCUCACAACGUCACCUUCUUCUUCUACUGCAUGAUUAUUCCGCUGUCCUGCUUCUUCCCCGAGAUCCAAAUUCCCAAAUGGGGAGUCAUUUACAUUCCCUCAGCCAUCACUCUUCUCAGCGCAGUCGCCACUCCAAGGUUCGGACUCUCUUCGCCGCGAUGCCCAUUUCUCCAUCUUGGCACCGCUUUCCGUACCCUGUUGACGUCUGUUCGCCAUCGUUUCAGCUCCAUUCACUUGAUCAUCUUCUGGAUACUGUUCGAGAACGUCAUGUCAUGGCACCGGUGCAAAGCGGUCUUCAUCGGCCUCACAGAAGCCAACCGAGUGAACGAAUGGAUCGUCACCGAGAAAUUAGGAGACACGAUGAAGACGAAACCAGCAGCUGCUGCAGCAGCACCCAAGAAAUCCAAGACCAAGUGCUGGGAGAGGAUCCAGUUUGACGAGAUUGGCAUUGGGGCCUUCCUCGUGGCCUGUGCGACCUACGAUUUCGUACAUAACACCGAUCGAUACUUCAUGUACAUUUACCCUCUGGCCUUGUCCUUCAUCCUCAUGGGAGUCGGCUACGCCGGAACCUUCGUCCCCGGCGGUGGGAAGUAGGUGAGGCGAGGAGCAGAACACCCAUGGUCGUCAACGAAUCGGUCCACCAUUAAGAUUUGCGCAGCUCCUAUCUUCCGGUCGAGGUUUCAAGAGUUGUACCUGCAGGUGUGAUGGAAGACCGGGAGCUUCUCGCCAUGGCAGCAUCAACUGAAGCAACACCUGCAGAUGUUAAUGGUGUAAAUGUAUUGGUUUGUAUGUGAUUCUGCGUAUUAUUUUGUCGAGUCAAAUAAAAAGGAAAGCUUUAACGUGCU